ACGAGCAGGCCGGUGUUUGCGUUUCCGGCCGGAGGCUUUUGUCCCGCGCCCCGCGUCCCUGGGGGGCGGUGGCGACGGCGCAGGCUGUGGAGGCACUUGGGGGUCCGGAAGUCAACACCAUGUCGAGUCUGCACAAGAGCCGGAUUGCAGAUUUCCAGGAUGUCCUGAAGGAGCCCUCAAUUGCAUUGGAAAAGCUUCGGGAACUCAGUUUUAGUGGCAUCCCCUGUGAGGGCGGACUGCGGUGCCUCUGCUGGAAGAUUCUCUUGAACUACCUCCCCCUGGAGAGAGCCUCAUGGACCUCCAUCCUGGCCAAGCAGAGGGAGCUAUACUCUCAGUUCCUGAGGGAAAUGAUCAUCCAGCCUGGCAUUGCCAAGGCCAACAUGGGUGUGUCCAGGGAGGAUGUGACCUUUGAGGAUCAUCCACUCAACCCUAGCCCCGACAGUCGGUGGAACACAUACUUCAAGGACAAUGAGGUGCUGCUGCAGAUCGACAAGGAUGUUCGGAGGUUGUGCCCCGAUAUAUCCUUCUUUCAGAGGGCCACCGAGUACCCUUGCCUCCUCAUCCUGGACCCUCAGAAUGAAUUUGAGACCCUUCGUAAGCGAGUGGAACAGACAACGCUGAAAUCCCAGACAGUGGCGCGGAACCGGAGUGGGGUUACAAAUAUGAGUUCCCCACAAAAGAACUCCACAUCAUCAUCCCAGAACAAGUAUGAGGUGCUGCCCAAUGGCUGUGAGGCGCACUGGGAGGUCGUGGAGCGGAUACUGUUCAUCUAUGCCAAACUCAACCCUGGCAUUGCUUAUGUGCAGGGCAUGAAUGAGAUUGUGGGGCCCCUCUACUAUACCUUUGCCACUGACCCCAACAGCGAGUGGAAAGAGCAUGCUGAGGCAGAUACCUUUUUCUGCUUUACCAACCUCAUGGCUGAGAUCCGAGACAACUUCAUCAAGAGCCUGGAUGACUCCCAGUGUGGCAUCACCUAUAAGAUGGAAAAGGUGUACUCCACCUUGAAGGAUAAGGACGUGGAACUCUACCUGAAACUGCAAGAGCAGAACAUCAAGCCCCAGUUCUUUGCCUUCCGGUGGCUGACACUGCUGCUGUCCCAGGAGUUUUUGCUACCUGAUGUCAUCCGGAUCUGGGACUCCCUCUUCGCUGAUGACAACCGCUUUGACUUCCUACUCCUCGUCUGCUGUGCCAUGCUCAUCCUGAUCCGGGAGCAGCUGCUGGAAGGGGACUUUACUGUAAACAUGAGGCUCCUGCAGGAUUACCCCAGCACAGAUGUCUGCCAGAUCCUACAGAAAGCCAAGGAGCUCCAAGACUCAAAGUAGCCUGGCAGCCAGAGGCCGAGGUUUGGGAGAGCAGCCAUCAGACCCUGGUGACCUUGCUCUGGGACAUACAGAAACCUGUGGGACCCCGCUUAGAGGGAAGCUGCAGGAUCG